AUGGUGGUGAAGAAGAGAAUAUAUUAUGGAGGAUUUCAUGGUUUGAUAGCCCCUGUGAUACCUAAAGCUCCUAGAUCCUUAAGGAGGAGGAGGAGUUCACAAAUCAAACCAUCAGAAGGUGGUGAAAUCUGUGCUUUUGAGCUUUUAGCAGCUGUAGCUGGCAAGUUGUUACAGGAGAGUGAAAGUUCUAUUUCCAGCACCGAUAAACACAAACCACAUGAAGUCAAAGUCAAACCUGCAACAUCAGAACAUGAGCAUCAUGAUCAAGGAAGUGGUACAGAAAGUCAACCCACUAAUCUUGACCCAACUGUGAACGAAUUCCCACAUUCCGAUAAUGAUUCUGGUUUAGAACGCGCUUCUGUUUCUACAACUUGUGAUGUCAUACAGAAAAUCGAUACUAAUUUGGGAAUGGAAGCUUCUGAAGACAAAAACAUAGUCAAUGAGACUCCUAUAGAGAGUCAACCAGCUAGUCAACCCACUGAUCUAGAAGCAUUAAGUGCAGUUAAAACGUAUGGGUUAAAAGAUGAGGUGGAAAUGGAAUCAUGUGUAAAUAAUCAUGUAUUAAAGAAAUCUUCUAGUAGGCUACAUCUAUCCUUGUAUAGUGAUCAUGUUCACAGACAUAAUAGGGGAAAUAUGAAGAUAGAUAUUAGAGAUGAUGAUGAAAAUUAUUUUAGGUAUAAUCAUUAUAAUAGUAAAAGGAGGGCGUUUGGGUCACGAUCACAUGCUGGAUACAAAAGAAUAAGGAAUAUUCUGACUUCUAGAUAUCGUAAAGUAGCUCCAAAACCCAAGGAUUAUGGUAGUGAAGUUAGGUCCUUUUAUCAUAAAAGGAAAAAUAUAUACAUGAGAGAACAAUAUCAAGCAGAUAAAGCAUCUAAAAGGAGGAAGUCUUUCCAUCAUUGCUCAAAACCUGCAAACACUAAAGAUACUCAUGUGAAAUUUAGCAUAAAGUCGUUUAAAGUGCCAGAAUUAUACGUUGAGGUACCCGAGACUGCAACUGUGGGUUCACUUAAGAGGAGUGUGAUGGAGGCGAUUACAGCUAUUCUACAAGGUCAAUUACAUGUAGGGGUACUUGUUCAAGGCAAGAAAGUUAGAGAUGACAACAGAACAUUAGAACAAACAGGGAUUUCCCAAAAAUGCAAUCUUGAAUCAUUAGGAUUCACAUUGGAGCCUACUUUACCUGAACCUUCUUCUCCAUCUCCAUCUCCAUCUCCAUCUCCUGUACAGAAAGAAACUCCAUUGUUGAUACCUUGUAGUCCUGUUUUGGAGAAGAAUGAAGUAGAACAUGUGAAUGCAAGAAGUGAAGAAGAAGAAGAAGUGGAAGAUUCAAAAGCUCUUGUGGUUGUAGAUCCUGAGAUACUCUCAAUUGUCCCUUUGAGUGAAAAACCUACCAAAAGAUAUCAACUUUCACAAAGAAGAACCAGAAGACCUUUUUCAGUGUCUGAAGUAGAAGCACUUGUGGAAGCUGUUGAAACCCUUGGAGCUGGAAGAUGGCGUGAUGUUAAAAUGCGUGCUUUUGAUGAUGCAAACCAUCGAACUUACGUGGACUUGAAGGAUAAGUGGAAAACUUUGGUUCACACAGCGAGUAUUUCGCCUCAACAAAGAAGGGGAGAGCCGGUCCCACAGGAGCUUCUUGACCGGGUCCUGGCAGCACAUGCUUACUGGUCUCAACAUCAAAAUGAGAAGCAUCAGAAGACAACAAUGUAAAGAGAAGUUGAUGUAAUUUCAUUUGUCCAUCUUUUUUAGUAAUUGUGAUUCGUUUGGCCCAAAUAGUGGUCCCUCCCGUACCUGGUACUGGUAUUGGUACCAGGUAACUGAGGGACUGCUAAGGGGCCGGUUUGUAAAUUAUUUGGGACUGGGAAAUAAUGGCAUUCUGACACAACUGUAAGUUUGCUCAUCUGAUUCCUUUGUGCAUUUUGUAAAUUUUCUAAUGUAUUUAACUUUGUUUUGAUUCA